AUUUUCGUAUGCCUGCUGAGAAAAAUGACCAUUGAAAAAAAAAAUGUCAGAAUUUUUGCUUCAACAACUGCAAACAGAGAUUAGUGGAGACAGAUCAAGUUUAACCUUGUGUUUAUUCAAUAUAUAUAGAGAGCAAAAACACUAAUGUCAGCCAGUUCUGCUAACCUGUCAUCUUUAUCGUCAUCAUCAUCCACACGUUCGAGCGUUCCUGGGAAAUCAAGAGUGAGUCGAGGUGGUAGGUACAAUAAUAAUAAUAAUAAUAGACUGAGAGGUGGAUUCAAGAGAAAUAGAAAUAUAGAAGGGGGAAGGAAUAAUAAUAACAGCAGUUCUAAAGUUGAAGAAGAUGAAGAAGAACUAGAAGAAGGGGAGCAAUGUAUCAUUUGUGCUAACAAGAUAAUAUAUGCCGCAGUUACUCCUUGUCAUCAUACAACUUGUCAUAAAUGUACAUUCAGACAGAGAAGUCAAUACGAGAAGACUCAAUGUUUGAUAUGUCGUAGUGAGAAUGAAUGGAUUAUUAUCACUGAAGAGAUUUACAAGACUUACGACGAUUUCAAUAUAAAUUCAUUAAGUGAGGUUAAUGAGAAGUAUAAUAUCAAGUUUACUCAAUCAUAUGUCAAAGAUGAUACUGAGGGCUUAUUAAAAUUUAAUUGUUCAUUAUGUGACGAAGCUGAUUGCAAAACAUUCAAAGACUUAAUGGAUCAUGUUAAAGAAGCUCAUAACAAAUUCUAUUGUUUGAUCUGUUCAAAGUAUAAAAAAGCAUUUAUUCAGGAAUUACCCUUGUAUACUUAUAAACAAUUACAAAGACAUCAGAGUGAAGGUGAUGAAACUGGUUUCAAAGGUCAUCCAGAAUGUAAGCAUUGUUUUGGUAAGAGAUUCUAUUCCGAAGAUGAGUUGAACAUUCAUAUCAGAGAUAAACAUGAAAGAUGUUACAUUUGUGAUCAAUAUAAUCCAAAGACAGCUGACUAUUAUAGAAAUUAUGAUACAUUAUACCAACAUUUUAAAAGAGAUCAUUACGUUUGUAGCGUUCCUUCAUGUAUUGAGAAAAGAUUCGUUGUGUUUAGAGAAGAUUUAGAUUUAACAGCUCAUAUGUUAAAGGAACAUGGAGGUUUGAAUGCCAAUAGUAAAGUUAUAAUUGGAUCGAAUAGUACCAGAUCUUAUCAAUCACAAUUAAGUACAUUCCCUAGAAGAUUCGAACAACAACAUGCCGAAGAAGAAGAUGAUUAUCAAUCACUUGAUAUCAAGAAGAAGAGAUUUGAAGAGAGAGCCAGACAUUACUUGAAUUAUAAUCAACAGGAAUUUUCCAAAUUUGAAGAAUUUAAUCGAUCAUUCAAGUAUAAAAAGAUCAAUGCUAAAGAGUUAUUAACAUUCUACAGGGAAGUUGUGUUUAUUCAUCAAUCCAAUGAAGAGUUAUCAUUAUUAAUCAAAGAAUUCCUGGAAUUUUUCAAAGGUCAAAAGGAAUUAUAUGAUAGUUUAAUCGUCGUUGAGAAUGAGUUAAACUUUCAACAACCCGAAAGAGAGCAAUUCCCAGUAUUAGCAGGAGCUUCAGGUUCUGUCUUCAAUGCCAAUUCUUGGGUUAACUCAUCAGGAGGUAAGAGUCGUUCUCAAUCUCCAAAUACCAUUUUAUCAUCUAACGACGCAUUCCCUGCCUUAUCCAAACUCUCCCGUAAACCAGUGGUUAAUACCACUAAUCAACCUAUUAGAUAUACCACUGUUCUUAAGAAGAAACCAGUUGUGGCUCCAAAAAUCAAUACUGCCUCUAAUCCAAAUUAUGUUCCUAAAUAUUUAGAUAAUGGCAAUAGUAGUACUGUUGUAUCACCACCAUCAUCAACCCCAGUUUCAGCAUCUUCCAGCAUUUCAUCCACCCGAAACAAUUCAACAGAUAGAUUAAAUGAUGAUAAGAAAUUCCCUACUUUAGAAAAGAAAACAAAAAGGGUAAUACCAAGAGUUAAUCCAGUCCAAGUUUUAGAUCCAACCGAAUGGGGUAGAUCACAACCUACAUCGUCAUCAUCAAUAGAAGCCAAUGGUCAACUUGAUGAUAAUCUUGACUUUGGCGUUGGUAUCGUCAUUAAUGAUAAGAGGAAACAAAAAUUAAAGAAAAAACAAGAUAGAUUAUUAUUCAAUGUUUAAGCUAGUUUGUAGUAUAUUAAGUAUGGACUGAAAUAAACGUUAUAAUUUCUAUAUCACUUUGGUAAAUGUGUAGAUCUAAUAAUUCCUUGUAUGCGAUUUUUCUCUGCUUCCACCAGCAAAAUGAAAAUUAUUCAGUAAAGACCACUUCUUUCGUAAGCUUACUUUAAAUAGAAGAUUAUCAGGUGAUUCA